ACCGUGAUGGGGCGUGGCUAACGUCACUUCCGGCUAACGUUCAGGAAUCCCACCGCCAAAAAGAAACCUCCACAGUUAAACAUGAUGGUGUCAGAAACUGAGACGGCAAGUAUCCGCAGGUUUGUGUGUGGUCAACUCUGUGAUGAGCCAGACCUCAGCGUGCUGACCUUAGGAAUUUUAAAAAAGCGAUAUAUGGCACUUGUGCGAUGUGAAUCAUUAAGUCCUGAGGUCAAAACUUUAAUGAAACAGGUUGUUCAGGAAGAACUGAUGAAAAUGCAGUUAUUCCUGUCAUCCUGUCUUUCUCCCUUUGAGGACGAUGACAAAAAUGAAAGUCAGUUGGAGAACAAGAAGUUCCAAAAGAAAAGGAAGAGAGAAAAGGAAACUGAUGAGAUGAUAAGCAGUGGAGAAGAUGAAUCCACAGCAAAGAAAUCCCGUUGUCAGUCAAGCUCAUCAUCAGAAUCAGGGGAUAAAGAGGACCGCAAAAGGGAAGGUGAGGAGAGUGAAGAGGAAGAGAAAAUGAAAUCUGAUUCUGAGGAUGAAAAGCAAGAGGUGAAAAAAUCACAGCAAAAGAAGAAUGGAAACCGUAAACAGCAGAUUAGCAGUGAAGACUCUACAGAUGAGGAAAUGAAUGAGUCAGAAAAAGAAGAUAACAAGAAUGGUGAUAGUCCAAAAGCCAUAGCGAAAAAUCAGACAAGUAAUGCAAAGAAUGGACACACAGAAGGUAGCAAAAUAAGUGAAGGAAAGAAAACACCACAGAGUGAUGAAGAGAAUGAUACUGACACAGAUAACGCAUCAGAAAGGAAUGACAAAAUCAAGGGCAGUGACUCCUCAGAUGAGAGUGAAAAAGAAAAAGUCUCAGUGGAAAAAAAAAAUAAUGACCCAGACUCUGAUUCAUCGUCACUCCCCUCUUUGGAGGAUGAACAGGACGGAGAGACAGAAAAAACACAAGAUAAUAAAAAGAAGAAAACAGCAAGCAAAGAAAAGAGCGGGACAGGUCAAAAGGACGACAACAAAACAGUUGUGAGACUCAAACGCUACAUCUCUCUCUGUGGCGUGAGGCGGAAUUACAAGAAGCUCCUCGAUGGCUGUCGCUCUGUUCGCUCCCAGGUGGCUGCUCUGAGGAAGGAGCUUGAAGAUCUUGGUGUCCGUGGCCAGCCAUCUAUUGAGAAAUGCAAAAAAGUCAGAAUGAAGAGAGAAGAAGCCCAGGAACUAGCUGAGCUUGAUGUCAGCAACAUCAUUGCUACACAAGGCCGAUCUAAGCGCAGAGCAACCUCAGCAUGGCAGGAACAACAGGACCCUUCAUCCUCUACGUAUGUGCGCACUCUGAACUCUGGCUCAGAUAGCGACCCGGAAAAUGAUACACAGAGAAGACACCGAAAAGCAACAAACUGGGCCAACCUGCAGGGGAUCAUCAGUGAUGAUGCAGACAGCGACUGACUAGGACAGUUCCUCCUGCAAGUGUUCAGAGGGCACUUGAAUGUAGACAACUGCAAAUUGGCUUGUGGUCUUUACAGACUACUUUGAUAGUAAGGUGUCUCAUAUUGGAUAUUUGUAAAACAUAGAUAAGACUGAUACAUAAGGCAAAAUAACAGUGGAGGCCGUUAACAACUUUACUUUUCUGUGUACAUUAUGUUCUAUUUCAAAUAAAAUUAUUGUGCUGUUAUUGAACAGUUAUUUAAGAGAA